UCGCGCAGCACCAGAACCAGCUGGUGGCCAACGCCAGCGCCCGCGUCCGCUACGCGCUGCUGAGCAACGACAACGCCUUCCUCAGCUACCACCCGCACCCCUUCUCGCAGCGCACGCUCACGGCGCGCUUCCAGGUCAACGACACGCGCCCGCCGCACGUGCAGCUGCUGCGCAAGCCCGUGCUCACCGCCAUGGGGCUGCUGGCGCUGCUGGGCCCCUCGGGCCGGUUGGGCGCCCGGACCCGGCCUUGCGCCACCUGGCUCCUGGGUGCUGCGGUGUCCUGUGCUCCGCCGCCCCGGCUACUGCCGCUGUUCCCGCCGGGACCCGACCUACGGUUGCUGAGCGCCGCCCGCGGGGACUACCAUGGGCGCCAGGCGCAGGACCCCGGCCGAGGCACAGCGGCCACAGGCCCCCGCGCCAGCAGCGCAGAGCAGCAGCCGAGCAAGACGCAGCAGCUGAGGAAGGUCUUCCAGGAGUACGGCGCGGUCGGCGUGUCGUUUCACAUCGGGGUCUCGCUCGUGUCCUUGGGCAUCUUUUACACGGUGGUGUCAAGUGGCGUGGACAUGUCUGCAAUUCUGCUUAAACUGGGGUUCAGAGAGUCGCUGGUGCAGUCGAAGAUGGCGGCGGGCUCGAGCACCUUCGUGGUGGCCUACGCCAUCCACAAGCUCUUCGCGCCGGUGAGGAUCAGCAUCACCUUGGUGUCUGUGCCCUUGAUCGUCAGAUAUUUCCGCAAAGUGGGGUUUUUUAAGCCUCCAGCUGCAAAGCCUUGACGGACUUUUCAACUGUAGACCUGAAAACCUAUUUCUUUUUAAUUAGGUAUUUUUAGAUUGGUCUUAGGAGUUGUAGGGCUUGGGGGGCAGGAGGGUAACUGUUAUCUCAUGGGCGGGUCUCAGGUUUUUGACCAGGUGUAAUGUCCUGGAGAAGCGGCGUGAGUGCUCCCCGCGGUGCUCAAGGUCAGCAGAGCCCGCACAAUGAGCUGUCUCCGGCCACCCUGCACACCCUGAAGUGCUCCUCUGGAAGGUCUUUGGCAAGGGUGUGUCUGCAGAAGCCCCAGGACUUCAUCUUUGCCCAGUUUCUUAAAAGGCAGCGAUUCAUUAAGCUUGGUUUCAGCGCUCCCUUUCCUCCAGUGCUGACAGGCGCCAUGGCUGGAGGCGCCACCUCAGUACGUAGCCAGGAACUAACUCGGUGUCCGCGCUUGGACCGUCUUCACACUCGCUUGGGGAAACAGUUUCAGUGACUCCCAAAUCCCCUUCCAGGCUGGCCAGUGGGGUCUAACUCAGGUGGCUCUGCUGAGGUAAACUUGGAGCUCUAUCCAGUGCGAGCGGGUGCCAGUCCCUGCCCGGGAGGCGUGUGCAGGGCACGUGCUUAGCCCCCUGCAAACCUGCCAUUCCAGAGUGGCCGCCUCGUGCUUACAUUGGGUUGCUUCCAGUAUAUUUGUCAAGCUAAAGGCGGUGUACGGCUCUCUGAAAAGGCCAGUCUCACUUGCUGUACACAGGCAGCCAGGCUGCAGCAGAGAAGCCUGGGGGUGGGCAAGGUGGGUAUUCUGAGGCCCCCUCACUCUGUCAGGGGUGUUACUUUAGAAAUUCAAACACAGAGCAGGCGCUUGAGAAGGAGCCCUUUUGUGGGAUCCAGCACCAUGGACGCGCCCUCCGGAGCCCCCAGGAAGCCAGUCCUGCCUACCUCCACGGGGGAAGGAGCUGUACUUAUCCUUCUGGCUGGUUUUCUUUAUGAAAAUGGAGAGAACUGCAAGCCCGAACGCUGCCUCCCAACACGGGGUAGCCGUAGCCACAUGGACUCACCCAGGUCACUUGUCAGCCCUGUAGAUGGUCUCUGCUCCCAAGGCCUUUCCCGGAGAUCUGCACUUUUCCUUUUCCAGCACUUGGCCCAGUGCCUGUUCUGACCUACAUGCCCAGAAUGCCUGCGGCUGCGCAGGUCGCCUGGCCAGCACGGGAGCAGUGGUCCACCACACCUGCACUCAGCGGCUGGCCUCCUGGCUGCAGAGCCCAGUAAGGCCUAUGCUGAAGAGCCAAGUGAGCUCUUUUCCCAGUUUAAAACUGGAAUUGUGUGGAGAGAUGGCAGUGGUCGGAAAGGCCACGCAGCUCAAGCGGCCGUCAGGCCCCCAAGCCCAGUCUGCGCUGUGGCUCCUUCUGGAGGGGAGGUCAGUGACUAGGGACUAUGUGUUAUGUGAACUCACCAGCAAGACAUCCGAAUUCCUUGUAUUUGCAUUGUUUUUAUGGGCCUAAGGGAAUAAAGCUGUCUAUUUUAAAAGUAUAAGUGUUUAUCUGUAUAAUGCUUUGAUCUGAUCAAAACAAGCA